CUAUUCAUUGGAACAUUCCAUGUCGUACCCGGAAACAGCUUGAAAACAUGUCAAACGCGCGCACCGUUUGAUUUGAAGAAAUUAUUGAAAAUAAAGUGUUGAAGCCAGUUUGCAGGAUGCAGGAGGAUUCUAGCCGCACUCCCAGUUACACUGUGACAUGCGAGGAUUAUGUUCAUGUGGUUGAAUUCAGUCCUUUCAGCUCUGGUACCCCUGCCUCUCUCCUGGCUUACGGUGGGAACCAAUAUGUGGUUGUGGGCACCUGCCUAUUCCAGGAGGAGGAUAUGGACAUUGAGGGGGUGGAAUUCAAUGUUCUUCGAGCUUUCCAUCAUGAAUUACGUGUCGAUGCCCUCGCCUGGAGCCCAGAGUCCCGGCUAGACAGAAUACCCACUAUCAGAUUUUGCACUGCUGCAGCUGACAGAAAGCUACGCCUGCUGACUUCUGAUCUUCAGGAUAGACAUGAAGUCAAGGUAAUGGAGGGCCACACCGGCUACAUUAACCAUUUGGUGUUCGAGCCAACAGAGGGGAAACAAAUUGCUUCCGUCAGUGAUGACCACACUUGCAGGGUGUGGGACCUGGAUGGAAAUGAAAGCACGACUCUCAGACUUCGCUCCCCGGGCAUCAGUGUGUGCUGGCACCCAGAAGAAGCCUUUAAGUUAAUGGUGGCAGAGAAGAAGGGAACUAUUCGCUUCUAUGACCUGGUUACCCAGCAGGCCAUUCUGUCCCUGGACUGUGGUCAGUCCCCACUCAUGUCCGCAGACUGGUGCCUCACAAACACCAUCAAAGUAGGGGCUGUGGCCGGCAACGACUGGCUCAUCUGGGACAUAACUCGCUCCAGCUACCCCCAGGAAAAACGACCAGCUCACAUAGAUAAAGCAAGGUUAUUCAAGUGGUCUCGAGCCAAUCAAAACCUCUUUGCCACCACUGGAUGUCCAGGAAAGAUCUGUAGUCAGUUAUUUAUCCACCAUCUUGGUCACCCGCAGCCGGUUACUAUUGGAUCUGCCACAGUGGGAUCGGGCCUCAGCUGGCACCGCACGCUCCCGCUCUGCGUGAUCGGCAGCGACAGGAAACUCUGCUUUUGGAUGACUGAAAUGUAGACAUCUGUACUGCACCUUCCGUGUUAGAUAACCCAACUAUGUCCAACUAAGUGUUUUCUAUUCUGUUCAAUAAACUAAAUAUUUUUCCUAGUA